AGACACAGACUGACAUAGAACAAUAUAUACAAGCUGCACUACAACCCUAACCAUCGAAUUACUAGGCAGGUAAAGAUUUAUAAACCAUGAUUAGUGCUUAUUAACCUUUUUUUCUGCCUUUGACGUCUUCAAUACAAUGUGAAAACCUAAAUUAUUUGUAACAAGAUCAUAGAUUCUUGAUAACAGAAUCGCACGAAGUGGCUAACAUGUCAGACCAUGAUAUAGCACUGAAAGAACUUGAAGAUGUGGAGAAACACAGAGUUCCAAGGAGAAUAAUUCACUUUGCUAGUGGAGAAACCAUUGAGGAAUAUAGCACAGAAGAAGAGGAAGAAGACGAAGAGGAACAUGUUGACUUUAAAAGUGUGGACACGACACAGAUGACCUGGGGAACCUACACAAAAUUCUGGGUGCUUCGAGUUGCUACAUAUGUCUUCUUUACCUGUGACUUUUUAGGUGGGAAGCUGGCAUCCCUGUUUGGUUUAAAUGCCCCAAAAUACCAAUAUGCCAUUGAUGAAUACAACAGGAUGCAAGAUGAGAGUGAUGAUGAAGAUGGUGAAGAUGUCACAGACCAAAAACCAGAUAAUGCUUUGAACGAGAAGCAUAUCAUAAUGUCACAAAGUGUGGAAUAUGGGACUAUUCAGAACCAGGAAACAUCUACACACCCAGGAGACAUACUUCAGCUUACUGCUGAUUCCAAGCAUUCUGACAGACCGCUUUGAGAGAAACAGCCUUGCGUACAUUCCUUUUUUUUAGCUAAGUAUUCCAAACAGCACCAUACAAUAUCUGCAAUGGAUGGAGACCGUGGGCUUUACGUGCAUAAAGGACAAUGGACAUGGGAACUAAGCACUAUACCACUGUGGUGGCCAAAAUCUAGCUCUCCUUCCUAGAGCCAACUGUUCAGUGAAGCAAAUUCUAGGAGGAGCUGGUGGAUUUGUACAAAUCUCUGUCUAAUCAAAUAAUGCAAUUUUGUGUUGACAGACAACCUCCAACAUUUCAACCUGUAACUUAUGUUAUUUAGAUCAAUAUGGUGGGAUUGGGAGACAUUUCAUUGGGAUUGUUGUGUCCUGGUGGAUUGCUUGUGUUACAAGGAUCCAUAGACAGAUAGGUAGAAAAAAAAACCUGUAAAGUCCUUUAACUUAAAUUCUGCCUAUAUUUGUUGACCAAAAAAGACACUUUUAAUUUUUAUUUGAAAUUUACAUAAAGACUGAAGAAGCAAUUACAUUUUCCUCGGAACAACAUUACCUAAUCUGAAAAUAAUAGUAGUAUCCCAGUGUAUAUACUAUAGACCUUAGCUGUACAACCGGGGAUAAACAUGAAUUUCUGUGUGAUUGCAGGCAGGUUUGUAUACUGAUUGAGAUGGUAAAGUGUCUCACUAUAAACAUAAUACAUUUAUAUCUUAUACCAUAAUAAAGAA